UCCCACGCCGCCGCUGCACUCUCCACACCCAUACACUGGUUUAGAUUCGGAGGAGGCCACGGCAGGAAGAUGUAGAUCUCGCCGGCGAUGGGAUUGUCGUUGUGCGGGGAGCGCGGGCACCUGGGCGUGCCAUCGUGGGGAGCGUGCGGUAUACCACCAGCGUACGCCGGCCGGUAAGGUCGACUGGUCGUUCGGCGGCAAUUCCGAGGAAGCCCAAUUCGUCACCGUUUGGACCUCCGCUGCUGCCCGUAUUGCAGCCUUCGAUCGUCUCCAACUCCGACCGCCUAGAUCUCCACUCGCCAGUGAAUCCUUCUUGUGCACACAUCUCUCUCUCUCUCUCUCUCUCUCUCUAGCUAAGCAAGUAGCAACACUACAUGAGUCCAACAGCAGCAGGUAUAUGGUUCCCACAUGCUUUUGUCUGAAUCAAAGUAGUAAUUGAAUGCGAGUAGAGCAUGCUUUUGUCUUUUUGAGACAUUAUUCAUACUGGAUUUGACAUUUUCUUUCUCUACGUGCAUUUCGAAACUUGGAUUUCAACAUUUUAGGGGAUGUAGACAUAUGUCCUGUGAAUGUCCACAAAUCUUUUUAGAUUUUUUCCAAAACGAUUCAAAUUUUAGUUUUUCAUUGUUGGAGCAUGAGAGCAAGUGAGAUUUUGGAGCAAUCUGAGUAGUAACUGAAUGCUAUGAGUGCUUUCCGGUAUGGUUCCAGCUGGGCUCCGAAUGCUAUCGUGCUAUCUUUUCUUAUUAUUCUGAAAAAUCUGAGUAGUAACUGAAUCCCCGUAGCUAGAGUAGAGCAUGAUUUGCUUCUAUCGCAUAAAUAAAUUGCAAACUCGGUUCAGUAUAUCCAAAAGAGUUAUACUAGGCAGAGGCAUGGCCAUUUUAUCAUCAUUAAUUUUUUUUUGUACACCAAAGCACCUUGCACCCCCGCUCGAAAACAUAGCAACAUAUAUCCAAAAAAUUAAAAACUUUGUAGCUUGGAUUAUGACCAAGUGUUUUAGGUUCUUGCAAAAUUUGGUGGUCAAAUGACAUCCGAGGAGCCUCGCAAAAAAAAAAUUGUGCUCAAACAUAUGAACAGUAAACUUGGGUGUAGAGCAGAGUUUGUAUUUCAUUUUGUACCGAGCUCCUCGGAUGUCAUUUGGCCACCACAUUUUGCAAGCAUAUAAAACAUUUGCGCAUAAUCAAUGCCACAAAGUUCCAUACUUUUUUGAUAUUUUUGCAUAGUUGGUUUGAUUUUACCGUUCAUUUUGUGGGUGCAGCCACUACUUUCCAUUUCAGUAAUUUCAUCCUUGUACUAUCUUUGGUAUCUGUGUUAUCUUCCUUUUUCUGCACUAUCAUCAUUUCAGUAAUCUCAUCCUUGCACAAUUACCAUCAGUAAUGAACCAUGAAUAAUUAACAACACACAACCAAAAGGCAGCAAAUCUUGUUGUCUGUCUUAACUUUUUUUUUUUGAAUUUUCAAUUGGGAAAUUUCCCCCCAUCAAAAAGCAGCAAAUUUUGAAUUUUCAAUGGCUGCUUUCUUUUCUCUUUGUUCCAUUACUAUUUCAGUAGGCACAUGAAUUCUUCUAAUUUGCCAUUCUUUGCAGUUUGUUGUCAAUAUGUGGCUGUCAAACUAAUUAUCAUCAGAAAUAGAACUACGAAUAGUUGACCACACACAACCAAAAACAGCAAAUCUAGUUGUCUUUUUUCGAUAGAGUGUGGAUUUUAUUGGCUCAAAAUGAAGCAUCAAGAGAAAACAGCAAAUCUAGUUGUCUGUCUUAACUUUUUCGUUUUUGAAUUUUCAACGGGGGAGUUUUUCCCACCUGAAUCUUUGCCAUUAACAGGGGCCAAAACGCCCAGAUGUGUUGCAUGUACAACAUGCAUGACAGCAGAGAGGUACAGGGGGAGAGAGGGGGGUGUUUCGAAUCGAACGGGCAUCCGCCGCAGCAUUCAGAGCUUUCGGAAGCCGCACCCUCCAUAGCACGGCGUCCUCCAUGUAGAGCUUCAGCAGCUGAGGCAGCAAUGGGGGCAUCCUGCCUUGUUUUGUAUUCUUUGUCUGUCUUAACUGAAGGAACAUCCUGUACUAUUUCUUGGAUGCUUUCUUUUUUCCUGUAUGUUUUGUUACUAUUUCAAAAGGCACAAAAAUUCUUCUAAUUUGUCAUUCUUUGCCGUUUGUUGUCAAUAUGUGGCCGUCAAACUAAUUACUUUUUCUUUGAUGUUUUUUUUUCUGUCUGUUCCGUUAUCAUUGAUAGUAGUGGAACCCGAUCCUUUUCCAGGAUCGUAUGAAAAGAAAACAUGUGGCUGUCAAACGGAUUACUUUUUAUUGGCUCAACUCAAACUAGCUAUGAACAUGCAUCUCUCUUUAUCUCUCAGUAGUUGUAUAUGUGCAUGUAACUGAGGGAAUACUACGGAAUAUAACAGGUAAUGUGUCUGCAGGUUGACGCACCCUUCACACAAACCUCUCCACGCCCUACCCGGCCGCUAAGAGAAUGAGUUUUCAGUCCUGGAACCAUCCUGCGGCGGUGCAGCAUAUUGUGCGCAAUGAACAAGCCAUAGUCGACAACCUUACUGAAGAUAACGCGACAAGGGUGUUGGCUAGCAGAAGGACAGCAGAGGGCGAACAGUUGUACUUAGUCUAUGAUCAGGGUAGUGCUGGGACUAGUCCCCCAAAUAAGCUGCUCGUCAAGAAGUUCCACAAUGCGAACCCAGCGCUACAAGUAGACGGCAAUGUCAUGUACCGCUGCAACUCGGAGAUGUUCCUGUUAGCCAACAUUUCUCACAAAAACAUCAUCAAAGUUGUAGACCAUAUCCAGAGGGAAGACGCAAUCAUGCUCAUUUAUGAGUAUCCGGUUCAUGGAAGCCUUCGAUCCUGGCUGCACCAACCCAUGGAUGCCGGUCGGCACCUGAGCUGGCCGGACAGGAGGGGCAUCGCCAUUGGUGUGGCCAGAGGGCUCCGCCAGUUACACCACAGAUGCAACAAACUGUUUGUCCACCACAACAUCAACUCUGAAAACAUCUUGCUUGAUCAGAAUUUCAAGGCCGUGAUAGCCAGCUUUGGCGCUGCACAGGUUAACAUGGCGGGGCUCGGCCAACCCUUGCCAAUCACGGACCUGCGUCCUGGUAACUUUGGGUACGCAGCUCCAGAAUAUGGGUUGGGGAAAAACCAGCUGACGGAGAAGGUAGACAUUUACAGCUUUGGAGUGCUGAUGCUGGAGCUUGUCACAGGGCGGAUGACCAAUGAAGCUACAACAGAUGGUCAUUUGGCGAAUUGGGCACAGAACAACUUCCGUACACUGAUGGCGAACCAACAGGAAGCAUUCCAGAAUGUUGUGGACAGGAGCAUACCAGAUCAAGCACGGUACAGGGAGGAGAUGGCAACUGUGUUCAUGCUGGGCGUGGAUUGCACUACUGUGGAUCCGAAGGAAAGGCCAUCCAUGCGGAUGGCUCUCAAACGACUCCGCCGCUGCCGUUGGCGUGCCCCAUUCCGUGGCCUCCUCACCGGCUUUCUGAUGUGACGCUCGUUGUUUUUUUUUUUUUGAAAGAACAUUCACGCAUGCAUGU